UAAUUCUUUCUUUGGAUAUUUGAUUCGAAAUAUGGAUUGGUCAUGAUGGACUUCGAUAUUAUCUUAUACAGUUACUAAUUACUAUAAACAGCUGAGAAUGACGUGGUUUUGAUGUAAAACCUGCCAUACGUGUACCGGUGUAAAUUUUGCUUCUUUGCACGUGAAAAAAUACAAAAGUUUUGUGUUAUGAUUUGAAUAUUGUAACAUCUAAUCUUAAUUAUUUUUUAAAUAAUAACGGUGUAUAAACAAUGAAUCAAUAUUUAGGGUGGUUUUUACUGUUCUGUACAUUUAUUUUAAUUAGUAUCUCAGCAGCUGAAGAAAAUGAUUAUUACAAAUUGCUAGGAAUUAAUAGAGAUGCUACUGUUAAAGAAAUUAGAAAGGCAUUUAAAACACUGGCUGUGAAAUUGCAUCCUGACAAAAAUAAGGACGAUGAAGAUGCAGAUAAAAACUUCAUUCUGUUAGCUAGAGCUUAUGAAGUGUUGAAAGAUCCUGAUUCCAGAAAACAUUAUGAUCUUUAUGGAGAACAGACACCCUCAACACAAUUUAAGAAAAAAUAUCAUAGUUACAGUUACUAUCAUGAUCAAUUUGGUAUCUAUGAUGACGAUCCAAUCAUUGUUACUCUCAGUAGAUACGAUUAUGAGGUAAAUAUUUUGGACACCAACCAAGCCUGGUUCGUAAACUUUUAUUCCCCUAAUUGCCAUCAUUGUCACGACUUGGCGCCAACAUGGAGAAAACUUGCGCAGGAGCUGGAAGGAGUAAUUAGAAUUGCAGCCGUGAACUGCGAGGAUGACUAUAAACUCUGCCAUCAGCUUAAUAUACGAGCAUAUCCUACUUUGUUGUACUACGAGAAAGAGUUUCACCUCUACGAAGGAUUAGAAUAUAAAGGAGACAGAACAUUGGAAGCUCUUGAGGAUUAUGUGCUGUCGAAAUUGGAUGUAAACUUACCUGAUAUAAGUUCUGAUAAUUGGACUGAUCUUGACACCGGAAAUGUUCCAUGGCUGCUAUUUUUGUGUGGUGAUAAUCCGGAUUGUCCAGAGAGGAAACCUAUGCUAAAAUUAGGAACAUCUUUGGAAGGACUGGUAUCUGUUGGGGUAAUUCGAGAAGAAUCAUUAUGUGAAAAAUUAUCAAGCGACUAUAAAAAUAAUCCAAUGAUACUAUUACAACCAUCCAAAUCAGACUCCGAUGGUCCUAGUCCUUUAAAAAUGCACACAAUUGAAGAAUACGGAUCAAAAACACUGGAGGACAUUUUAUCAAAAUUGCCCGAUCCGGAAACUGUUGAUGAAGAUCAGUUUAAGAAAAUAAAAACUGGACUAGAAGAUGAAUCUGAAUCGCCGUGGUUGUUUUGCUUCUAUUUAGGAGCUGCUACUCAAUUAAAUUUACAACUCAAACGGCUUCCUCAACUAAUACCUAACGUAAAAGUUGGUUUAAUUCAUUGUGGACGAAAUUCUGCAUUGUGUUCAAGUGUACAUAUCGUAAGAUAUCCAACGUGGGGAGUUUUAAAAGCUGGUGGAGCUUUUGAAUUACAUCAUGGACGUGAUGUAUUAUAUGAAGUAGCUAAUUUUGCCAAAGAAAGUACCAAAUCGAAGAAUUUUCAUGCUUUAUGUGAAGAAGACUUUUAUGGUAUAAUAAAAAAAGGCACUCCUUGGUUUAUUGACUGGUAUGCACCCUGGUGUCCACCCUGUAGAAGAUUACUUCCAGUAUUAAGAAAAGCGAGCCAAAAUUUCGAUUCCCAAAAAGUACAAUUUGGAACUAUCGAUUGCACUUCUCAUGUGGAUCUUUGCAGAAGUCAAGGGAUCAAUUCGUAUCCAACAUCAAUCUUAUAUAACAAUUCCAAAACCCAUCAUUUCCAUGGUUCACCAGAUGCCAGAAGUAUUAUAGAGUAUUUAGAUGACAUGUUAAAUCCGACAAUUGUAACUUUGGACCAAGAUAACAUUGGUUUGCUAAUGCGAAAACCGAAGAAACAAUUGUGGCUUGUGAAUUUUCAACAUCCCAACUGUGGGGCUUGUCAGAGUUUAGAAUCUUCCUGGAGGCAGUUAGCUAAGCAGGUGACUGUACCAGCAGUAAAAAUAGCUCAGUUGGAUUGUUCGAGUAAUCAUGAUAUUUGUAAUCAAAUGGAUAUUAGAGGAUAUCCUACAAUUAGAGCCUAUCCAUUAGAUUCUUCAGGAUUGGAUAAUUAUGAGGACUAUAGGGGAAGAAGGGAUCUACUCUCGUUAAAAUCAUGGACUUUUAGCCUAUUGCCUUCUUCAGUGGAAUCAUUUACUGCAGUAACACUAGAAGCUCAAGUAUUAACUAAGAAAUACAUAUUACCUUGGAUUAUAGAUUUCUACGCACCUUGGUGUGGUCAUUGUGUUGAAUUUGAACCCAGUUUUCGAACUGUUGCAGAACGAUUGGAAGGUAUAGUUAGGACCGGAAAGCUCGAUUGUGAAAAAGAACGAAUUUUUUGUGGAAAGACUCUAGGAAUUACAGCCUACCCAACAGUGAGGCUCUAUAUAUCGCCAUCAAAAUACUAUACUAUUGAAAGUUUAGGUGUAUCCGAUAUUUUGAAACAGGUGACGGAAAUCUUAGAAAAACAGAAAGAGCAGCACGACCAUGACGAACUAUAAAAGGUUUUUUGGUACAUCUUAUACAUUUUUAACAUUUUUUCGAUGAACUACUUGGUUUAAAAAAUUUUUUCAACUUAAUGCUUAUAACGUUUUCUUUAUUGAAAGAAAUGGGAUCAUGUUGAUUAUUUCAAAUACGUAAGAAACAAAUCACAAACCCAAAUCACACUUUUCUAAAAAUCUCAGAUAUUAAUAUACCGGUGGUGAAUUGGAAAACGGGCCAUUGGAAACUCAGUGUAAAAUUCUAAACUGUUGAAUUCAUGCUUCCCUAAUUAUUUUACAUCAAAAAACAUUAGAAACUAUUUGUAGAGGAUUGAAAUCUGUAUUGAAAACAGCUGUUAAAAUUGUUCUACGAAUUAAACAUAUUCCAAAAUUUUGUAAAAAUGUAAUAAAUUUUUCAGCUUUUCGGCCCAAAAUUAGGCCACACACAGUGCAAUAAUGUGUCACAAUGAAGUUAUUAUUUUCACAUUUUUUAACUGUCAAUAUUUUUAUUUUAUCAUUUAUUGUUUAAAAACAAUACAGUUGAUAAGACACCCUCAGUUGCGGAGAAAGUAUUAAUAAUAAAGAUUUUUUAUUCACUCAAUGGUGUGAGCGCUGUCAGUUAAAUAGUAACGUGUGGCCUAACUUUUACGCAUAUACCUACUGUGGCAAAUGUAUUGUAUUUUUCAAAAUUUUGGAAUGCAUGUAAAUCGUAGAACAAUUUUAACUUUUGAUUUUAAUACAAAUUUCAAUUCUCUACAAAUAUUCUCUCAUGACUUUUGAUGUAAAAUAAUUAGGGAAGCAGGAAUUCAACAGUUUAGAAUUUUACACUGAGUUUCCUAAGGCUCGUUUUACGAUUCACCACCCGGUAUAAUUUUAUAUUAAUUAAAACGAACUAAUUUGUUAUUUGGAAAUUAAAAAGGUGCAAUUCAACUAUUUGUAUUGAUUGUUCAACGUUGCAACGUUUUGUUUCAUUUUUUUAUUGUGUUAUUAACUUCUUGAGAUCAUUUUACAAAAAUUCGAAUCGUUUGGAGAUGCGAUUAUAUUUCCCAAUACAUUCUGAUAAAACUGUGAUUUGGUAAUUCAAAUGUUCACUUUACAAAUGUAUAACCAAAUACUAUAUACCUACUAUAAUACAUCUAACAACCUCAGAAAACUGGCAGCACGCUGCCACUAGCGCCUCUGCCGGCUCGAGUUAAUAACUACGUCUUCUCAACGUAAACAUACAAAUUUAAUUUUGUUAGUUUUGGGUAAGUAGCCAAUCUUGGUGAAUCGUGUUUAUAUUUUUACACAAAAUGUCUUAUAAAAUAGGUUCGGUAAAAUGGAUUCUCAGUAAAUACCUAGGAUGGCAACAAAAUUAACUAAAAAGUGUAUUAUUUUGCCCCCAUUCACCCCGAUGAGAGGGUGUUUAGCUGCAAUUUCUUUUUACAAGAAGGCUAACCCAAGACUGUACAGAAAAUUUAUUUUCUAUUAUUAGGGCUAAGGGUUUUAAUAAUAAUACACCUGGUGCUGUGAAAUUUAGGUGUAACUUAUAAAGGGAGCUUCAGAUAAAAUUAAAGAUAUAUUUAAAAGCUACAUAUUCUCAAAAUUAUAUACUGUUCGUCUAAUAUACUUACCGUUGCACGUCAUUAUCUACGUCAGAGAUGUAAGUUGACAUUGUUGCCCAAUAAUAAAAAAAAAUUUGAAUUCAUUUUAAAUCAAAUACAUCACAUAAUUUUUGAGGAAGUGGAUUAUACAACGAAACAAAUUAAUAUUCAAUGUAAAUAAAUAAAAACUUUAGAAAUAUAAAACAAAAAUUAAGUUAUAAUCUUACGUUAAAGUAAAUAAUAAAAACAGUAAAUAUAAUAAAACAAAUACUUAUAAUAUUGAAUAAAAACAAAUAUGAAGUGUCAUCACGGCCACUGUCAAAUAAAUGUUACCAAUUUAUGCUAAAAUAUCACCUUCGUUCGAUUACAAAUACAGUGUGUUCCGAAUAAAUGUGCUUCAUAAAAUCGCUUUAUAAUCCAUUUAUACAAAUUAAAUGAAACAUAUUAUUGUGUAUUUCUUUAAGUUAACAUUAAUAGAAAUCUUCAAAUAUUAUUUCUACGCGUAUAUAAUAAAAUAUGUCUAGUGGCUGAAAUUCCAGUGUAGUCGGCAAAAUUAUUCUAAAAAAGAACACACCUACCGCUUAAAUAUUUCGUGUUGGUAUCAUGUGACGUCACGGGCUAUGACGCGGAUGACGUAAAACGGUAAGUAUAUUGGAUGGAGUAUAAAGGAUGAUUCAUUUAGAGGUACUUUUUUCAAAAAGAAAAAACAAUGAAAAAUGAAUUUUAUUUCGAAAUCUUAUAAUCAUAUAAAAGAACCAUGCUUUACAAUUACUUCUUAAAGAUAAUUUCUUUUAAAUGUUGACUGUGACUGCGAUUACCAUGGUCCAUUCUGAAGUUCCAAUUCUCGAUGACGCUUUCGAGCAUUUCGAUUGGUAUUUGACCAAUGACAGCCGGUUUAUUAAUGUAGACUUUGGACUUAAGGUAGCCCCAGAGGAUAAAGUCUAGAGGUGUGAUGUCACAGGAUAUAGGCGGCCAAUUCACUGGUCCGAAGUGUGAAAUAAAUUGCUCACCGAAUCGUUCCCGCAGAAAAGCUACAUUUUCACGGAAUGUAUAGUAAGUGGCGCCAUGUUGUUGGAAACAAAUGUCGUCAAGACCACGGGUUUCAAUUGCAGGCACCAAAUAGUCCGUCAUCAUGGCGCGAUAACGGUCUCCAUUCACAGUAACAUUCUGGCUGUCCAUGUUUUAAAGAAAUAUGGACUGACAACUCCACCGGCCCAUAAACCACACCAAACAGUUGUUUUUUCUGAAUGUAAUGGCAACUCUUGAAUCUCUUCGGGUUGCUUAUUACCCCAAAUACUGGUGUUUUGUUUAUUCAUGUCCCCAUUAAGCAGAGAGAUAGAGGAACAUGGCUGUCGAAAUGAACCGAGGGACUUAUUCCAGAAGAUCAAACUCCUUACCAGAGAAUUUAAACCUCAAACGUGAUCUGUAAUAGAUAAGGAAGGUAAUUUAAAGACCGAUACUGAUGAAAUAUUGGAAACAUGGCGAAACUACUGUGGCGAGCUAUAUAAAAAUAACGAGGUAUCAGCAGAAAAUAAGUGGCCUUCUGGCCACUACAGGAACUACUUCUACUACUACUUCUGGGUACUACAGGAAAAGGCAUUUGAUUGUGUAAGCUGGAUAAAUCUAUGGUCAAUUUUAAUAGAAAUAAGCGCACCAAUGCACCUGGUGACACUUAUUAAAAAUCUGUACCAGUCUAAUAUAGCGACAGUACGACUAGAUCAGAAGUUCUCAAACCAAUUCAAGACCGAGACAGGUGUUAGACAAGGGUGCGUGUUGUCAUCUGACUUAUUUAACAUUUGUAGUGAACAUGUAAUGAGGAUGGCUUUAGAAGGAUGGGCCGGUGGAGUAACAGUAGCUGGUAGGAAAAUCUCCAAUGUAAGAUUUGCUGAUGUCACUACACUUAUAGCAGCAAAUGAGCAAGAAAUGUUUGAUCUUCUGCGAAGAGUUGAGUAUGAAAGCAAUAAAGUUGGUCUGAAAAUCAAUAAAGCUAAGACAAAAAUAAAGGUGGUCGACAGAUUCGACACUAUUCAACUGACUAACAUGUUACAGGAAUACCAGAUAGUAAACACCUUUGAAGCAGAAGUUCGGAGUAUUGGUACGGCAAAAAUGCGAUGAGUCGCCUAACUAAAGUUUGGAAAGACAGAUCUAUCUCUCAAAAUAUCAAGAUGAGACUGGUGAAUGCCCUUGUAUUUUCAAUAUUUCUUUACGGAGCAGAGACUUGGACUCUUCGCGCAUGCGAGCGCCAAAAAAUUGAUGCCUUUGAGAUGUGGUGCUGGAGAAGAAUGCUGCGCAUACCUUGGACAGCUCGUAGGACAAACGUUUCCAUUAUAAACCAACUCAAUAAUAAAAAAAGGCUCUCCACAAUAUGUCUGCAACGAAUUUUGCAAUUCUUUGGUCACGUGGUUCGCAGAGGUGACGACAGUUUGGAGAGAUUAAUUGUUUCUGGAAACGUUCCGGGGAGAAGAUCAAGAGGACGAUCACCAACUAGAUGGUCCGACCAAAUAAAUAAUUCAGCUGGAAACUCAAUCUGCGAAGCUCUUAGAGCAGCUGAAGAUAGAGACCAAUGGAGAAACAUUGUUAGGAAUAUUUGAAGAAAUCAUGAUCCUCAGUAAUGGGGAAACGACAAGAGAGAGAGAUUAAGCCAAAAACAGUCCACAAAUAUGUGGACCAUAAAUUGCUCUAAGCGCAUGAAACACAUUCCUCAUAGGACUCCUAUUUUCGUAAUACAGCUGCAUAAUUUCUAGACGCUGUGCCGGGCUAAGUCUUUCCAGGAUGAAAUGUCAAACAAUACUGAAUAAAAACACAACGUCAGGUGAUACGACUCACGCACGAUCUCAUAUCAAAUCCCCACCAAAAAAAAAAAAAAAAGAAUGUGUGUGUGUGUACUUUGUACGCACGUAAGAAGUUAUACUUCUAUUGUAUAAUUUCAAUGAAAUAAAUAUACUAAACAGUUUAUUUGUAUUUUAUUUAAAUAUUAAACUAACUCUAAUACUUACCUACCACUUUCAAAAAAUUGUUAUUAAAACAAUACCAAAAAUUAACAAAAAAAGAAUAUGAAUCGUCCGGGAUUUGAACGUGGGACCUCUUAAUCUCUGGUCCAAUGCUCUACCAACGAAGCUAUUAUCACUUUGUGUACAUUUCGGACAAAAUUACAAAUCACGGUGACAAAUAGAUCAAUUGAAGUAUAAAAAUGUUAUAAUAUAUACUUUAUUAUCUUACUCCCGAGGAAGACAAAUCCAAAGGCACAAAAAUUAUAAUAAAUAAUAUAUUUACUAAAAACACUAAUAUAUUCUUUUAAUGACUUAUUUGCGCUGAUAUAUACAUAACUUGAAAGAUUAGCAACGAACUACAUACUGUCUGUGUGCGCAUGCGCCCAGAAUAAUAAAAAUUCACUCUCAAUCGCGCCUAAAGAAGUAUAACUUCAAAAAUACCUACCUCUAAAUGAAUCACCCUUUACAAGAUAGUGCUGAAAAUGUUUAAUAUAAAUUAAAAUUAAAAUGUUACUCUUACAAGAAACUCUCCAAAAUGUAUGUACAGUGGAACCCCGAUAAGUCGGCCCCGAUAACCCGGAAGUCCGGCUAACCCGGACCGAUUUUCAUCAGACAAACAUUACAAUAAUAAAAAUGUAUGUAUUAUGUUAAAACAUUUUAUCUGUAGCCGCUUCUGGAAUGUCUUAAAAAUAUCGAAUUUCAUUGAUAAAAUGCGCAUAUCCCACCGAUCUUCGCUUCGACCAUAAAUAAUAUUUGAGAGAUAAUGGGUAUUUGUGUAAUUUGAACUAUACGAUAGUAAAAAUGACUCAUGGCACACGGAGGCGGCGGCAGAGCGACGUUUAUUAACUCGGGCUAUCGGAAACAACAAGCACCUGUUAUUCGUUUAUUUAUUUCCAACUGUCUUAGCAUUGUUUAAAAAAGACUAAAAGACAAUUUAAAAUAUUCUUUUUUAAACAAUGGUCUUUUAAACAAUGAAAGAGUCACUGUUCUUAAAUAACAUAACAUCAUUCCGAUGUCAGACGAAAUUGACACAACCGAAACUGACUGAGUUUUCUUACCUAGAUAUGAACAAUACUCUAUACUGUCUAUACUAUACUCUAUACAACUAUAGGUCAGUUAGAUGUGUACUGUGCAUAUAUAUUUCAUGUUAUUUCAAUUAUAACGGACUUUAUCUAUAAGUAUACCGUAUUUUAUUAAUUUUUACCACACUCUCCGGCUAACACGGAUUUUCGAUAACCCGGAUCGGCCGCGGUCCCGAUUAAUCUGAGUUAUCGAGGUUCCACUGUACAAAACUUUUAUAGAUAAAUGUUUUAGUCUUUUAAUAAAAGCGUAUGUAAAUACAAUUAACGAUAGUAAAAAGGAAAAAUUAUGUAAAUUAAAAAGUAACAAUAUAAAAUUAAAGAAAAUAGCUCACAACUAAAUUUGUAUUUUGAUUUAAUGGUAUAAAAAUACCUUUCUUUUAAAUGCAUAGUUUGUGGUUAUCAACUUAUACCACUAGAUGACGCUAUUUUGUUUGCUGCCACAAAAUGAACGGGAAAUGUCAAGAGUUGUACGUAUUAUAGUCUAUUAUAGUAUUUGGUAUAACUCAUACUGCCAGUGAAAGAUACAACACAGUAUCGAAGAGUCAUAAAAUUGUCAGAAAACAAUAUUUGGCAUUUCCCUUUAUGGUCUUGAGUGUCGAUGUAUACAAACCAUAAAUUUAAAAAUUUCAGAUAACAAAUUUGGCUCAGGCUGGUAAUGCAAAUCCAUUAUUAGUACAUUUUCUUAGUAUUAAGAUAUGUUUAUCAUUUAAUAUAAACAUUGACCAAGUAUUGCAUUAACGGUUAUGUUCCUUCCAGCUUCGUUACCAGUGCCAUAUUUUAGUAUUAACCUCCCUUAACACCUUGGCUGCGUUUAGAGAUAUUUACAAACUUCCGUUGAGUGCGUUACGAGGCAUAUAUGUCCCGUAGUGAACUUUUGCCACAGUGCAUUACGAGAUAGUUGACGCAAUCAACCGUUAGUGUAAUACGAGGUCUAUUUGUCUCGUGACGCAGUGAAGGUGUUACACACCGCAUUUACUAUAUUACAUAAUAUAUUGAAUUUAUUGUGAUGGUUUUUUUUUUAUAAAAUGACAUAAUUAUCACAUCUGAUGUAAAUUGAAUAAGGCAGCCAAAAUGAUUGGUUUUACGCUACUUUUAUUCUUGAAAUAUUAUGAAAACGGUUAUCAAUAGAAAUAAAAAAAAAAAGAAUGUGUGUGUACUUUGUACGCACGUAAGAAGUUAUACUUCUAUUAUAUGAUUUCAACGAAAUUAAUAUACUUUAAACAGUUUAUUUAUAUUUUAUUUAAAUAUUAAACUAAUUUUAAUACUUACUACUUCUCAAAUUUUUUUAUUAAAACAGUGCCAAAAAUUAAAAUAAUAAAAGAAUAAAACACACACAAACAAACACAUUGAAAAAUGCCACAAAUGAUUUCUGAACAAUUUAGGAAAAAAUUUUAACUAAAUACGUAUUUUCUGAAAAAAAAAAUUAUAUAAUAAAUAAACUUACAAUCAUAAAAUGUAUAAAAAAAAUAAAAGUUUCCAUUGGAGUUCGAACCCGCUUAUCAGCGCAGUUAGUAUUGAAAUUCAUUCACCUUAAACUUUUACCCACGGAGACCAUGUGUCAUCAUGUGCGAAGAUUAACUAACUAAACGGAUUAAACUUUUGACGGUUCUGAAUUUAACCAAAUUAUUUUGAAUUGAAAUUUUUUAGAAUUGAAAGAAAUAUUAAAGUACAACAAAACAUAGAGUAAGAAAACAAUAUAUUAGGUGAAUAUUGAUAGAAAUUUUGAUCGUAAUCAAAUUAUGUAAAUCAAAGCAUUACAUACUAUUUUGGUAGGUUCUUUUUAAAUUUUCCAAAUAGGUAGGUACCUAUGAAAUUUUUUAUUAGGAUACUGAAACAUUUACAAUUAUUACGUACCUGUCGCUUUUAAAAACUAUUUAAAAAGUCACUACAAUAUUAUAAACUUGCUUUUUACUCUGCCAUCACAACAAUAAAAACUAAUAUACACAACAUUAAUUUGUUUAUCCAAAAUCUCCAUAUUGAACAAUUAUUGACAGAUGAUUUUAACACCCAGUCAGAUCCCGUAUAACGUUUAUACCAUACUGUCGGUGUGCGCAUGCGCCCAGUAAAAUAAAAAUUUACCCUCGUGCCUAAAGAAGUAUAACUUCAAAAAUGUGAAUUCUAUGUGCGUACGUACCUACUAAUUGCUUCAUGCAAGUUUCACACUGUCUCAUUUUAUUUUGUACACUUUAACAGAUGUGUAGUGAUAUUUAGAUUAUGAUUUGAAAUCACUCUAAGCCAAUGGUCUCCAAUAGACGCUGUAGGCUGUGUACAACGUCACGCCGUAGGAGAAUUGUUCAUUUUCGUUACUUUUAAUAAACUUUGAAGGACAAAAACUAUCUUACCAGCUAGAAUAAACUUACGUGCAUAGAAAUCGGCCCACUUAAAAAUUUGGUCAUAUUUGAUGUCUCAUAUUUCCUAAACCUGUUGGCCGAUUUAAGUGAUUUUUCGAACAUGUUAUAGCCUGAUUCUUUAACAAUAGCAAUCGUAAUAUUGUUGCUAAACAGGUAAAUUUUCAUUGUAUACCGGGUUUACCAAUCAAACUGUGUUUUUUUCUUAAAGUUCGCAUCACCUGUGGAAUAUACUAGCAUUUAUAAAAUACUGAAAUUAAAACCCAACUAUAGCCUCAGGUCUUUUUAACAUUCUGUUUUUUUAUUCAUUCGUUUAUGUUGGAUAAUAAAAAAGUUAGGUACUUUAACAACUACACAUGUUCUUCAUCAAUACACGGUGCUUCUAAAUAAGUGCGACAAACUUUAAGGGAUAAUCCUGCAUGAAAAAAUAAUGACAGUUGGCUUUAUAAACGUAUGUCCGCAAAUGUUUCGUUUCCGAGAUGCGGGAUGUUGAAUUUUUUCUUACAAACUGACGAAUUAUUUUAUUGCUUUAAAACCGGUUGAGCUAUGCCAAUGAAAUUUGGUGGGUUUUAAGACGUAAUUAUUGCACAUUUUUUGACAUACAAUUAAGAAUUUAAUAUUCACUAUUAGCGCGCAUACGUGUAAUAUGACCGAUCAUAUUACCCGUAUGCACGCUAAUGGUGAAUAUAAAAUUCUUAAUUUUGUAUCAAAAAAUCCGCAAUAACUAUCUCUUAAAUCCUACCAAAUUUCAUUUGCAUAUCUCAACUGGUUUUAAAGCAAUAAAUAAAUAGUCAGUUUGUAAGAAAAAAUUCAACAUCCCGUAUCUCAGAAACGAAACAUUUGCGGACAUAUGUUUAUAAAGCCAACUGUCAUUAUUUUUUCAUGCAGAAUUACCCCUUAACGUUUGUCGCACUUAUUUAAAAACACCGUGUAUAGAUGAAGAACAUGUCUAGAUGUUAAAGUACCUAACUUUUUUGUUACCUAACAUAAACGAAUAAAUCAAAAAACAUAAUGUUAAGAAAACCUGAGGCUAUAGUUGGGUUUUAAUUUCAGUAUUUUAUAAAUGCUAGAAUAUUCCUCAGGGUGAUGCAAACUUUGAGAAAAAAACACAGUUUGGUUGGUACACCCGGUAUACAAUGAAAAUUUACCUGUUUAGCAACAAUAUUAUGACAGUGGUAUUGUUAAAGAAUCAGGCUAUAACGUGUUAAAAAAAUCAGUUAAAUCGGCCAACAGGUUUAGAAAAUAUGAGACAUCAAAAAUGACCAAAUUUUUAAGUGGGCCGAUUUCUAUGCACGUAAGUUUAGUUAAAAAAGAGUAAUUCUAAAACAAAUUCAAAUUAAGGAGUGAAUUGAAGUGACCACCGACUUAGCCAGUGGUACCCAAUAGAUGCCGUAGGCUGCGUACAGCGUGUAUUGGAGACGACCGCCUUACAGUCGUAUCUGGAUACAGAUAUUCGAAGCUGCGUGUUGGAAGUGUCCUUCCAUCACAACUUCCCAAUGUAUCAAUUAUUUUCCUAUAUGCUCAAAUGCAUAACUGAAUAUUUGGAGCAAGCGUUGGUACUAGGUUGAUCGUAAUUUUCUUAUUGACAUAAUGCCAAUCGUAAAGGCGUAGCGCGGGGUCCGGACAAAUACUCCCCUGACAACUAAUCCCGGACAAAAAAUCCCCACAAAUUAUCCCUGGACAAAAAAUUCCCGGACAAAUAUUCCCCGGACAAAAACUCCCCAGAAAAAAUCCCUGACAAAUAAUCCCCACAAAUUUUUUUGGACAAAAUAUGCCAACAAAAAAUCCCGUACAAAAAAUCCCCAAAAAAUAUUUGCUGCCGAAUAGUUCUCUACAAAUUUUUCCGAAAUUUUAACAAAUUUCGAAUUCCAAUUGCAUGCUGAAAGUUUAAAAUUUUACAUGACAAAAGAGUGUGAGUUUUUUCAAAAAUCGUGGAAGAUAUGGGAAAUGAGCUAAGGCCCCGUUUUCAUGACAGGCGCUUAACGCGCGAUUACAACUACAUACAUUUUACUGAAGACCGUUUACAUGCUAAGCGUUUUACUUCAUUAGGAUGUGCGUUGGCAUGUGAACGGUAUCAAGUAAAAUGUAUGUAGUUGUAAUCGCGCGUUAUCAAAAUGCGCGUUAAGCGCCUGCCAUGAAAACGGGACCUUAGCUCAUUCCCCAUAUUUUCCACGAUUUUUGAAAAAACUCACAUCCAAAAAAAUUUGUGGGGAUUAUUUGUCCGGGAUUUUUUGUGGGUUUUUUUUUGUCCGGGGAUUUUUUGUUCAGGGAUAAUUUGUGGGGAUUUUUUGUCCGGGGAUUAUUUGUCCUGGCUUCGCGUAGCGCAGGAACCGAAAUUUAAACAUUUGAAUUCUGAAGCCACGCCUUUGCAUGAAACAAUUUCAAUUUCAGUAAAGGAGAUAUUUUCUAUUUUUUAUAGCUUCAAGAUGGAUAAAUCCUUACACAAACGUAACAUAUAAUGGAUUUCUACGGCUGUCGCCGCCUCUCCAUACCCAGCUUCCAACUUUUUCUAUCGUAACACAUAUCUUCAUCUAAUUGCCUCGAAUCCAUUGCCUCCUGAAUAUUGUCCCUCCAGCUUCUCCGUGGUCAUCCUCUUUUUCUUCUCUCCGGUGGGACCCACUCUAAUAUUUUUCUCGGCCAGCUAGUCUCAUUCAUUCUUUUAACGUGACCGAACCAUGUCUCCUUUCAAUAUUGUCUAUUAUAGUUUUUUCUACCUUCAUAUGUUCUCUAAUUGUUUCAUUUCUUACAUGUUCUAAUCUUGAGACCUGACAACUUCUCCUCAAAAAGUCCAUUUCUGUACUAAGUAGCUUCUUUUUAUUUCUUGCACUUAUGUCCCAAACUUCUGUACCGUAGAUUGUAGCGCUCUUCAUUAUACAUACUUUCAUAUGUUCUUCUCUUUGUUUCCUUCCUGAUAUCUUUGUCCCAUAAAAUUGAAUUGAGGGAUCUAGUGAUGCUUCUACCUUUAUUGAUUCUGUGUUGUAUUUCAUCUUCACUAUUUCCUCGUUUGUUAAAUAUAGCUCCCAAAUAUUUGCAUUGUUUCACACCAACAAUAUGUCCUUGUUCCAGUGGUAGGUUUUCAAUGUCUUCGUUUCCCACUAUGAAGUAUUCUGACUGUUGGUAAUGUUCAUUUAGCUUCCGUAUCAUAUAGCUCAAGUCAUCUUGAUCUUGAGCUAUAACAACUUGGUCGUCCGCAAAGUAUAAUGUAAAUAGGGAGUCGUCUCCCACUUUCAGUCCCAUCGGUUUUACUGCUUUUGUCCACCUCUGUAAGGAUUGGUCAAGAUAUAUUUUAAAGAGAGUGGGAGAUAGAUAACAUCCUUGUCGGAGGCCUUUUGAAGUAUUAAAUGCCUCAGUGAAAUUUUUGCCGUUUUUUAUUCUGAUGUUAGUGGUCUCAUAUAACAUUUUAGUUGCUUGUAUCAGUUUUCCAUCGAUACCGAUGUCUUUCAUUGACUUCCAUAGUUCUGUUAUGGGGACACUAUCAUAGACUUUUUCUAGGUCGAUAAGAGCGAUGUGGGUUUCCUGAUUUCUCUGUAUUCUUUUUUCUAGUGCUAUUUUUCAAGUGAAGAGAUUGUCUACCCUUGAACGUCCCGCACAAAAACCAGCUUGUUCUUCAGCUUGCUUUCCUUGAAUUUCUCGUUCUACAUAUUUCAUUUCUUAAUAUCCUGGAGUAUAAUCUUCCAAUGGUGCUGAUGACUACAAUUCCCCUAUAAUUUUUGGGGUUAUUUUUAGGCCCCUUCUUAUGUAUGGGAGUAAUAUGUGAUGUUAGCCAUUCAUCUGGUACUUUUCCUCCAUUUAGACAUCUUUCGGAAAGUUUUUUAAGCAUAUCCCAUAGUUUGGGUGGUGCAUAUUUUAUUAAUUCAGGAUUAAUUCCUUCAGACCCGGGUGCUUUCCGGGAUUUCAUAGUUUUAAUAGCUUCUUCCACUUUGCUUUUAUCUAGUUCAAUUUCGUGUUCUCUCUGUAUAUCCUUCACUUUUUCUUGUAUUCUUGUUAUGUAUUGUGGUCGUUUUUCUACUAAUAAUUCCUUAAAAUGUUGUUCCCACUCUGCAUCAGAUAUACUCAAUUGUGUGCCCACCUUUUUGUGAUGUUCUGACAUUCUUUAUCAUCUUCCAUGCUUCUGAACUCCUAGUUCCUCCUAAUUGUUGAUCUAUGUAUUCACAUUUUUUUAUCCAGGUUGCGUUUUUUCUUUUAAUCACUUCUCUUUUUACUUCUCUAUUUAGGUCCCUGUAUUGUUGUUUGAAUUUCAAUGUUUUCGUAGACACAAACUUAAUCCUAGACAAAUUUCAAGAAAAUGGUUAAAAAUUACAUUGCAAUUUAGGAUUGCUGUGUAUUUUUUGAAUCUUCAGUAAAAUAAUGUAGGUAGGUAUGUUUUUUGCACGAUUUUUAAUUGUUUGUGUUCGUAUAAAUAUUUAUAUCGUUCUAGUUCUUUAUUUAAUGAUUAUAUUUUCUAUUUAAAAAAGUGAACAAAAUUCAAGCUUUGAACGAAUUCAAGAACAUAAAGGUGUUACUUAUUCAAUUUAUAUUGGAGGGAUUAAUUUAGUUUUUAGUUAAUUGCUGUCUUAACAUAAUUUUGUGUAACUAAUUAAACGUUUCCCAAAAUAAGUGAAUAAUAUGCUAAAAUAUCAUAUUUUUCUUAAACACUUUUACUUGUAUAAUUAAGGAUUAUUCGAAUAUUAAGAUAAAUAUUUGUGAAGGGAUGAACUAAGAGCGUUUAUUUCAGUGAUUUUUUGUUUAUAAAUUUGAUCUUUGUAUAAUCAUUACAUCUAAUCUAUGUCCAAUAUGUUAUGAUUAUUCAGGGAUUCUUAAUUAUAUUAUUUUUAUUAUUUUAUUAUUAUUUUAUACUGCAUUUUUACAUUUUCACAAAUUUUACUUAUUAACUGAACUCUCGACAGCUAUUUUGGCGACGACAGAACUUUCCCCAAGUAAAUGUUUCACCAGGUGAUAGGAGAAUUAUUUUAUUAUACCGAUUGAGCAAUUUCUCAUGUUUGGUAUGGGCCUUUAAUGAGAGCGACAAAGAGACAUGUAUUUAUUAUACAUUUAAAACGGGCUAGAAGAUAUACGCCGGCAAAGCGAGGUAGCAUUAACAACCCACUUCGUGUCGUAGGUAGGGCUUUCUCAGCACAGCGUUGCCAAAGUAGAUUUAAAAAAGAAAAUACCAAAGUAGAAAAAAUUAUAAUAUUUAACUUUUUGUAAACGAAUAUAAUAAACAAAUUAUUUAAAAGAAAAAAACUUAAAUAAAAAGAUAUUGUUUUCAUCCAUUUUAAAAAAAUGUGAAAACGUUGAAAUAUUAUUAUAAUUCAACCUUUUUCAGCCACUUUUUUUAAAAUGGGUGUUUUUUUACAUAAGUUUUUUUCUUUUAAAUAAUUUGUUUAUUAUAUUCGUUUACAAAAAGUUAAAUAUUAUAAUUUUUUCUACUUUGGUAUUUUCUUUUUUAAAUCUACUUUGGCAACGCUGUGCUGAGAAAGCCCUACCUACGACACGAAGUGGGUUGAUGGCGCUACCUCGCUUUGCCGGCGUAUAUCUUCUAGCCCGUUUUAAAUGUAUAGUAAAUACAUGUCUCUUUGUCGCUCUCAUUAAAGGCCCAUACCAGCCAUGAGAAAUUUCUCAAUCGGUAUGAUUGACAUUGUAUUAUAUGCCAUUUUUUAAAUAGCGACUGGUUCUUAGGAUGUAUUGCGACAGUCGAAUGUUUAAGAGGUACCUCAAAGCUAAUUUAGUUACAUGAGUUAGGAAAAAUGAAUAUGAUUUACAUAUUGUACAUCCUCCAUCUAGAUUAUUGGCAAUAGAAUACUGGUGUGUGUUUUAAAAUCUUGUUUAGUUAAUUUUGUAUAAAAUACUCAUAAAAUAUGACGAACUUAGUUGUCCCUUUUCUAGAAGAAUCUCAUUAGAUCUGAUUUAAAAUUUUGUAUUUAACAGUACCUACGUGCUCUAUUUAUAGUGUAAGACUUAAAUAUUGAUUUACUGUGUGUUCUAUAUACUUUAUUUUUUACAUUUUAUCUAAAGCUUUAUACCAAAUUAAUAUAUUUUCUAAAUAAACCUUUAUUGUUGUA